AUGGUCAGCACGCGUACGUAUUAUUUUGAGACAAACACUACGCUUUACAUGUUGAAGCAUGUAUUGCGUUUAUAUAACGCUGGUUCAAAAAGAUUGUUUUUUUAUAAAUAUAUCCACUAUCGUGUCGAUGGGUCGCUUAAAACUGUGGGUAUAUUACAGUUUAAAAUACGUUAUUCACCCACAGCAUUGAAACGGUAUUUGGCUGGGGAGGGUGUGGUUAUGAAUGUUUUAAAACCUGUAAAUAAACCCUUGGUUUUGACGCAUAUGCGUAUUUGGGUUCUACAACAAUAUCAUCGUAUUUUGGAUUGUGAGGAAAAUGGUGUAUUUUGUUUUGGUGGGAGACAAAGAAGUGUUGUUAAUGCUAUGCAACCCUACAUCGAUGCUCUGAUGUCGUCGUGUGAACCUGUUUUUAGUGAUAAAUUGCCUGGUGCAAAAAAAUUAUGGUUUUAUAAAUAUAUGUUGGCAAGAGCAAAAACACCCGUAUAA